GCGAGAGUAGGUUCGAAUGACCGAUCGAGAAGGGCAGUACGAUCUGGUCCGUCGAAUCUGUCCGGUGUACGCUGUAAUAACCUAGAGCUUUUGUACCGAAGGUCUGCCAAUCAAAGUCCGCGAUCCCAUAGCUCCGCGGAUACCCGGUUUGAGGAUGGAAGGUGCCAACGCUAUCGAGGCUCCGACGUUUCACGAGAUCCAGUAGAGCGGAGCGGGGCGCGCCUAGCUCAUGGUUAUCGUUGGCUCGGCUCGGGCGGAAGAGAGCACCUUGUAGCUGUGCAGCGGAUUGUCGUAAAAGCGGAGAGCGCCUUCGGUCGCUGCGUGUGCUCAGCAGCGUGUACGUCUCCGGCUGGUCGAAAGAUCCAUCGAGCGGACUUUGCCUGCAAGCAAUCUCAGGAGGUCCGAGAAUGUCAGCCCCCGGGAAAGGAGCUGGCGCAGCGCCCAAAGGUGGCAAGGGUGGAAAGGAUAAUACGAUAGCGCAGGUCACCGGAGCUGUGAUCGCCUCUGGAGUCGUGUGGAGCUUGUACAAAUCAAUUCGUGGUCGAAGCGCAGUGGAGAAGGAUGCGUCGUCGUUCACAGACGCUUCAGUGGACAUGAAGAAGGUGCCUUCGACAUCCAGGCCCAAAUUGGACAUACAUUAUGAAGUCACCAAAGGUGACACCUUGUGGAGCAUCUCCAGAAGAUAUGGUGUCACAGUCUUCGAUGUGAAAGAAGCCAACGCUAUUCCGGACGUUGAUUUCAUUGUACCUGGGGAGAAUCUUGUCAUUCCUCAGUGAGUUUGUUCUUUGCCUGAUUGCGCAGCUGUCACAAACCAUCCGUCGGUGAACAAGGUCCUCAUCGCAUUGGUGUGGGUUUCUUUUCUGUACUUGUAACCUAUCCAGCCACGGGCUGUUUGCUCAUUGUUGCAAAGCUGGGUGUCACAACCAUUGUUGUUCUUCCAAGCGAAUUUUCGGAUCAAUAAAUUUCAUGUUUCUGU